AUGCUGGAUUCACACUGGAUCCGAUUUGUGUCAGGACACCAAGGAGAUCCGGCAUCUGCUCUUCUCGAAAUGCUCGAUCCAGAACAAAAUGCGAAUUUUCUGGAUCACUAUUUAGAUGUUCCAGUAGAUUUAUCGAAAGUACUAUUCAUUUGCACGGCAAAUGUAAUAGACACUAUUCCGGAACCCCUAAGAGAUCGUAUGGAGAUGAUAGAUAUGUCCGGUUACGUUGCCGAAGAAAAGCUCGCUAUCGCGAAACAGUACUUAGUUCCACAAGCUAGAACUGAAUCUGGUCUCAGCAAAGAACAAAUCAGCAUACAAGACAAUGCGCUCACGGCGUUAAUUAAAUCUUAUUGUCGAGAAUCAGGAGUGAGAAGUCUACAGAAACAUAUAGAGAAGGUGCAUAGGAAAGUAGCAUUUAAAGUUGUCAAGAAGGAAGCCGACAAAGUCGAUAUCACUAUGGACAACUUGCAAGACUUUGUGGGCAAGCCUGUGUUCACGCACGACAGGAUGUAUGAAACAACGCCUCCCGGAGUUGUGAUGGGAUUGGCAUGGACCGCCAUGGGCGGGUCCACGUUAUUCAUCGAAAGUACCAUCAGAAAACCGACGGGUGGUAAAAAGGCUGAGGGUACAUUCGAAGUCACUGGUCAUCUGGGUGAUGUAAUGAAGGAGUCUAUACAUAUCGCAAUGACUGUAGCAAGAAAUUACUUGAAACAGGAGGAUCCUUCGAAUACAUUUCUGUAUGACUCUCAUUUGCAUAUACAUGUGCCUGAAGGUGCAACCCCAAAAGACGGCCCUAGUGCAGGUAUGACAAUUGGUACUGCAUUGUUAUCCUUAGCUAAAAACCAAGCUAUCAGGCAAGAUGUAGCAAUGACAGGCGAAUUGAGUCUUAUGGGCAAGGUUCUUCCUGUUGGCGGUAUCAAAGAGAAAGUUAUUGCAGCGAAGCGAGUCGAUGUUAAAUGCAUAAUUUUACCCGAGGAGAACAAGAAAGAUUUCAACGAUCUACCCAAAUACAUCACAGAUGGUCUGGAAGUGCAUUUUGUCUCGACGUUCAACGAUGUUUAUAGUAUAUGUUUCUCAGAAACGAAUGAGACUGAUUCCCUUAGAUCCGCCAAGCCAGUCACUGAUCAUGCUUCAUCCGCACAACCAACAUUUGGAUAAAAUAGUAAUACAGGACGGAUCAUUUCAAUCUGUAUCCACAUAAU